GAUAGAAAAGUCGCAGUUCUCAGUGGGCGUUAGUACCGUCUCUCCGUUAGCGUCCGUAACGUGAUUUAUUCACGUUUAUGUCAGUGUUUGAGUGCGGUUCAGAAGCGACGGAGAUUCUGCAGAACAGAAUAAUAUAAAUUAUCUCCAUAUAGAUCAGCUUUAUUAAUUCAGAUUCUACACAGCUCUACAACAACGUGCAGAACAUGCUUUUGUUCUUUCUAUUCUUAUUGUUCGUGGACGGUGUGUCUGGUGCAGAGACGGAUGAAACCGUGAUGGAGGGAGAUUCUGUCACUCUACACACUGAUAUUACUGAAAUACAAAACGAUGAUACGAUACUGUGGCUGUUUGGACCUAGAGACUCUGUCAUAUCUCAAAUAGCAAGAAAGGCAGAUUUGACUUCAUUUUUUGUCACUGAUGAUGCUGGAUUCAGAGGCAGAUUGCAGGUGGACCAAAAGACUGGAUCUCUGACCAUCAGAAACACCAGAAUCAGACACUCAGGACGAUAUAAACUAACCGUCUCUAGAGAAAAGACUACGACGAAAAUAUUUAAUGUUACUGUCUUUGCGAUGGCUGGUGGGGCGGAUGGAGUGAAGUCAGAGUCAGUGAUGGAGGGAAAGUCUGUCACUCUACAGAAUAAUGUUGAAGUCCAGAGAGAUGAUCUAAUAGUGUGGAGGUUUGGAGAUAAAGGCAUCCUCCUGGCUAAAAUCGAUCUGGAAACUAAAGAGAUCUCAUUAAACGAUGCUGAUGAGAGAUUCAGAGACAGACUGCAGCUGAAUCAGAAUGGCUCUCUGAUUAUCAAGAAGACCAAAACCGAACACACUGGACUUUAUGAGCUACAGAUCCGAGGCCGUGAAAGCGAUCAGCGUUUCCUUCUUUCUGUGACUGCUGUUGCAGGUCCACAUCUGUCUCCAGGUGUUUUAGCAGGGAUUGUUGUUGCUGCUCUGCUUGUGGCGGCAGUUCUGGUUUCUGUUGUGAUUUACUAUCGCCGCAAGAUCUCUAAACUAAAAAAAUAUAUGGAUGCUGAGACAGCGUACGAGGGAGAAUCUUUUACUCUACACACUGGUCUUAAUAAACUACAUAAUGAUGAUGAGAUACAGUGGUAUUAUCAGGAGGAUAAGAAUGAUAAUCUUUUAGCUCAUAGCCAAGGAAAGAGCAAUAAUAAUUUCCUGGAGGGUGCUGAUGGGAGAUUCAGAGACAAACUGAAAUGGGGUGAGAAUGGAGAUCUCAUCAUCACAGACAUCAGAACCAUUCACUCUGGACUCUAUAUACUAAAGAUCAACGGCAAGAGAAGAAACAAACGCAAGAAAAUCACUGUUUCUGUGGAAGAUGCUGAGACAGCGUACGAGGGAGAAUCUUUUACGCUACACACUGGUCUUAAUAAACUACAUAAUGAUGAUGAGAUACAGUGGUAUUAUCAGGAGGAAAAGAAUGAGAAUCUCAUAGCUAUCAAAAGAAAGAGCAAUAAUAAUUUACAGGAGGGUGCUGAUGGGAGAUUCAGAGGCAAACUGAAAUGGGGUGAGAAUGGAGAUCUCACCAUCACAGACAUCAGAACCAUUCACUCUGGACUCUAUAUACUAAAGACAAAAAACAAAUGCAAGAAAAUCACUGUUUCUGUGGAAGUAAAUGAAAUACAAGUAAAAGAGGGAGGUUGUGACGAUCUCAAGGCUGAUGCUGAAAUACAGGGUGAUGAUCUGUUGCUGUGGAUGUUUGGAGCUGAAAAGAGUCUUGUUGCUACAAAUGCUACAUGGCCAAUUAAAACUGAUGAGCGAUUCGCAGGAAGAGUGGAGAAGGAUAAUGGAUGUCUGACCAUCAAUAACAUCAGAACUGAAGACAAAGGACAUUAUAAAUUACAGAUCAUUAACAGCAAACAGACCACAUGCAGGAGAUUCAAUGUGACUGAUCCUGUGACAGCAAAUGAGGGAGAAUCUUUUACUCUACACACUGGUCUUAAUAAACUACAUAAUGAUGAUGAGAUUCAGUGGUAUUAUCAGGAGGAAAAGAAUGAGAAUCGCAUAGCUAUCAAAGGAAAGAGCAAUAAUAAGUUCCAGGAGGGUGCUGAUGGGAGAUUCAGAGGCAAACUGAAAUGGGGUGAGAAUGGAGAUCUCACCAUCACAGACAUCAGAACCAUUCACUCUGGACUCUAUAUACUAAAGAUCAACGGCAAGAGAAGAAACAAAUGCAAGAAAAUCACUGUUUCUGUAGAUCCCACAGAAAGCCAAGGGAAUGAAUCAGAAGAACAGGAUGGAAAGAAUAAGCCAGAGGACACAAAUUAAGUUUGAGAAGACACACCCACCCGUGUCAAUCACUAUGACAUCUACAACAUGUUAGCUCCAUAUUUCUGUCCAUCUCGUGAAAGUGAAAACCCCAUUUCUGUUGAGCUGUUAAAACUGCAGAGUAAAAAGCUUCUUAGGUUGGUGGUUGAUGAAACUCUUUUAUACACUAUUUCACUAAUGCUACACUUCAUUCCUGUAACUCUGUUAACAAAAUACUGGCUUCACUUUCAGAUCUUUGAUAUUGUGUGAUAGUAAACAGUGAGAGUCAGAAAUUUAAUAUAAGAUCUGAGUGUCAUACAACGUGUUAUUGCUUUGAAAAAUGCCAGAAGUGGGCAGUGCGUUGAGCUUCUUGAUUUCAAGAAUCGAGUGCAAUGGUCAAACAUGUCCAUCUAGUGAAUGUUUAAAACUAUGGAAAAGCAGCAAAGACAAGCUUAGAGGCUUAGAAACUCCUACAGACACUAAACUCAGUGAUGAAGAAGUAUUUAUAGCUGUAAAAUACAUAUCCUUAAUAAGGAUGAGGUGAUGACUACAUCCAUCAGGAGACAGUUAGUACUCUAAGAUCUCACAUUUGGCAGUUUUUGGUCCAAGAAUCUGUUUUUGUUUUUCUGAAAUAAGCAGUAGGAAAUCACUAGUCAUUAAAGCUACAAUAUGUAGUUUUUUUGUCCGCUAGAGGUCGCCUAUUCAAAACAAAGGCGUAGCUUGAUGACGCUGAUUUUGGGUGCAGAAUCUUGGGAGAUAUCGUCUUCACCUCACAGCCAGUGGAAAAGAAUCAGGAUAGGACUCGGGCAGAAAUCAUGUUUAUAGAUGCAAUUAUUAACAUUAUUGUAGUAUGAAGCAGAGCAGGGCGAGUGAUGUUGGAGCUCAACAAGGCUACUGGAGCGAUUGCUAAUGUUACAAACAUAACACAGAACUUAUAUUAAGCCACAGUUGCCGCUUCCGCUUUUUCCGGUCAUGAGUAUGACGUAACACAGCUCCGUUUAUCAUAUUAGAUACAUUUGAGUGUGUUGAAAAUGUUAUAACGUUACUCUGUGUGUUCGCUCGGCGGCUGCUGUGAGACACUGUUACACACUGCAGUAAGAGAUAUUUUAGAAUAUCAUAUUAAAUGCUGGAUGGCUUGUGUUGAUAAAUGGCAUGCAAUUAAUUUUAAAACGUAUUGUAUGAUGGAGCAAAUGCUGUAUUAUUGUUACUAAAAAUAAAGCUGCAUCUGAUUAUGCUAUGUUAGCUACUUCACAAAAUAGUGUUUUUCUCUGAGGCAUGGUAAAACAUGGUACUCGCAAAAAAUCAAGAAAAUUAGAUUUAAACAAUAAGAAUAAAAGGUGUUGAGCAAUAUAACAAUUAGUUUUCUGUCUAUAAAUGUAACCAAACAGUUGUUCUGUUGUCUAAUAAAACAUGCAAUAUAUUAAAGCGUCUUUGGUGUUUCCAUGGUUUCUACAAAAUAAAACCGGAAACCGAGGGUAACGCGGGUAUGAUGCAAUUGACAGGCAACUCCCACAUCCCGGAUCCUUGGUUAAAAUAGUAAAUUUCUCAGGAUUUACAAAUAGUUGGAAACAUUUGAGAUAUUGUAUAUAUUUUAUCUCUUUCAUAUCACUAACACUGCAUUAUAUCCAUAUAUACAUAUGUAUGUAUUAUUUUUCGGUUAUUGUAGUUCUGUGCUGUGUUGUCUUUAUUAGUUAAUUAUAAUGUAAAGUCUCCAUUUCAAGGUUUUUAAUUGUUAGAGGAUGAUAUUGUAAUUUUCCAUUUCCUUUGCUAUAAUAUCAUAACACUUGUAAGACUUGAUUUUCCUGCUAAGACAAACGCUGAGAUCAGACACCUUGCAAUAAAACACUAAAACUCAUUAAUCUGGAGAGAUCUUAAUGAAAUGUCAUAGGACACUGCCUUGCCCAAACUUCUUUCCACCCCCCUUACUCCUUCCUCAAUUUUCACAUGCAUCCCAGGACAUUGUGUGUAUGAUUAUACAUGCCUUGUAAAGUGUCUUGCAUUGUUUUUGUUUUAUGCAUAUGUUAUGAUACAACCAACGGUUAAUAUAACCUCACCUAUACCAAGUUUGGGGUCUACAAGUUUGUAUUUUGAAGAUAUAAAUGAUUGUGUAUAUGAUACCUGUGCAACAUAUCAGUAUUACAAGAAUUAUUAUGGCCUUCCAUUAAGCCGCUGGUGUUGGUGGUAGAAGUGAGCAAGUAAUUGAUGCAUGUGUAAAUUAAAUCCAUGCACACAGAUGUUAAAAUGCAAACAGUGUCCUUUUUAUUGUGCUCUGUUAGAUUUUGCUGUAUUUGGCUGAGCAGUCGUUUGGGUGGCUCGCCAAUGUAUUAGAUUUCUCUAAUACAUAAAAUAAGUAAGCUUGACCAGAGUUCUUGUGGGGAGAAGAAUUUAUUGAAGGUAGUAGUGUAGCACAGUUCUUCAGCAUUGAUGUCAGCGUCUCAGCCUUCAAAAUAUCUUAACUCAAAGCUCUGUCUGUGGGACAGAACUUUAUACAUGAAGACAAAAGUGCUACAGACAAUAGAACACUGUUAGGACCUCCCACAGGAGAUCGAUCUACCCUGCAAUCUACUCUGAGCAAUGCUGUUUCUUUGUCAUUCACACCCAUCAGUCUUGUUUUCAGAAAAAAAAAAAAAAGUCAAAAUUAAGUGAGUUGUUCCUUAAAAUGAGCAAAACAAUCUGCCAAUGGGGUAAGCAAAAUAAUCUUGUUUUCGCAGAAAAAAAGUAAACUAGUCCUUAGAAAUAAGUUUUUGAAAACCCUUUUGUGUGACACUUAUUUCAAUAGC